UUCCUCUUCUGUCCUACCGUCCAAGAUGGGAAUUUCCCGUGAUUCUUGGCAUAAGAGGCGCAGUACUGGUGGUAAGAAAAAGGCAAUCCGUAAAAAGAGAAAGUAUGAACUUGGCCGACCACCAGCCAACACCAAGCUUGGAAGCAAGCGAAUCCACAAUGUGAGAACUCGCGGUGGAAACCAAAAAUUCAGAGCUUUGAGACUGGACACUGGAAACUACUCAUGGGGAUCAGAAAGUGUUACUCGCAAGACUCGUCUCAUCGAUGUUGUUUACAAUGCUAGUAACAACGAGUUGGUACGAACCAAGACUCUUGUGAAGAACUGCAUUGUACAAGUGGAUUCCACUCCUUUCAGACAGUGGUAUGAGGCUCAUUAUGGCAUGCCCCUUGGUCGCAAGAAGACCACUAAAACAGUGGAAACAGAUGAAAGUGAUGUGUUAAACAAAAAACGAUCACGUCACUGUCAAAAAAAGAUGGAAGUACGCAAAGGAACAGCCAAGAUUGCACCUCUGCUUGAGGAGCAGUUUACCACUGGACGAUUGUAUGCAUGUGUGUCUUCACGACCUGGCCAGAGUGGACGAUGUGAUGGUUACAUACUUGAGGGCAAAGAACUUGAGUUUUAUGUGCGUAAAAUCAAGGCCAAGAAAGCCAAGUAGAAAGUCCAGCUCUGAAAUUUGUACAAACAACAAAAAUAAAAGUGCAUUACAUUUGACUGUGCUAAAAACUA